UCGGCGGAUCUGGAAGGCGGAGGUCCCCGGCCUGCGGGAGGGCGGCUGCGUGGGCCUGUAGCGGUGCAGCGGCAUCGCCCAUCUCGUCGGCUGGGUGGCGAGCCGCCACUCCUGGGUCUCUGAGGUCACCGUCCUGCAGCUGGAGGUGCAGCGUCCCAGACCGUCCAGGACUGCCCCGAGAUUUCUGGGGUGGAGGUCAGAGGUCGGAGUUAAGAAAAUGAGGCAGAAGGAAGUGUUAACCAAGACCUUCCAAGGCCCAGCCAUGGUCUGUAGGACUCCGACCAGCCACAUUUACAUGUUUGAGAAUGGUGUUGGGGACUCCGGGGACUCCUCUGAGGAAGAGUCCCACCAAGUAGCUCUGCGGCCCCGGGGCAAGGAGCGCCAGAAGAAGGGUGCCCACCACCCUCACCAGCCAGGAGCAGGGGACAUGGUGCUGCUGCAGCGGGAGCUGGCCCAAGAGGACAGCCUCAACAAGCUCGCUCUUCAGUAUGGCUGCAAAGUUGCAGAUAUCAAGAAAGUCAACAACUUCAUCAGAGAACAAGACUUAUAUGCUUUGAAAUCUGUUAAGAUUCCAGUGAAAAACCAUGGGAUCCUAACAGAGACCCACAAAGAACUCAGACCCCUCCUGAGCUCAUCUACAGAGACCAGAGUGACCUUCGAGGAGCAGCCAGACCCAGACAGAGCAGCUGUCAGUGCCAGUGCCUCGUCUAACCCACUGACGGAUUUCUUUAAGGGCAUUGACCAGAAUAUUGAGCAUGCAGUGCAGUCAGAAAUCUUUUUGAGUGAAAAUUACUGCAUAGAGACCUCCAGUCAGCCACUGCUUCCGACUCCUCCGAAGAUACCUACAAACGGUGCAGACUGUGGAAUUCAGAGGUGGAAUGCUGUUUUUAUUAUGCUUCUGAUUGGAAUUGUUUUACCAGUGUUUUAUUUGGUUUAUUUUAAAAUACAAACUAGUAGUGAGAUCCCUAGUAUCUUGAAUACAACUGCUGUCCCUAAUGGCUCGAUGGCAGUGAGUGCAGUUCUAGGGCAAUCCCCCAAAUUAGCGAUUCCAUUGCCAACCAUCCCCUCUUCAGACAGCCAGUUCAGUCAGACCACGCAUGGGGAGAACUAGCUCUUAUAAGGUUUCUAAGGAAUCAGGGCAGCUUUAGCACUUGGGCUCCUAAUGUGCGUCAGCCGACAUUGGCCAUAUCUUAGCGUGCUGGAUUUUUUUUUCUGUGACAUAUGGACACGUUUCAGAAGCCACCAUCAUGUCAAUCACACUCAUCAUGGGGAAUAGACUCGCCUGAUCCAAGGCUGUGAGAGCCAAAACACCAGCGUCCUCAACCUCCUACAUCCAAAGAAGAGUGGCAGGAGAGACAUUUACACAUGACAGAUGCUGUUCCUUGAAGGCAUUUAGUGGACUGGCCAUGAGUGUCUUCACAAUAGCACUGUGUAGGUCCCCAAGCUGGACGUACUUGGAGGGAGAUGAAUGGCCUUAGCAGAUGGACCUGCAGUAUGGGAGCCCCUGGUAUCAGCUUUGGUUGUCUGGAUGUUUGCUUUGUCCCCUGCCUGCUGUGGAGGAGUGACUGGCUCUGACAAAUGAUGUUUUGUGUCCCCCCAACAAAGGUGUUGUGCAAUAGCAAUGGGAUGUCACCCUGUUUCAGAGUGUGACACCUGACAGUUGUAAUAAGCCCUGCUUCACAUUUGCCCCCUCAGACAGCCUUUCUGAGGCAAUGUCAUAUCUAGAAUUUAAAAAGCCCUAAAUCUAAAUUGCUAUAAUACUGAGUAAAUAGCAGUUCUGUUCCUCGUAAUUUUAGAGCUCCUUAAUCUGACACACAGGCACGUUUUAAGCACUUCCUGGCCAGGACAUUUGGAGGCCAUGGCCCUGUUUCACCUGAGGAGCAUUUCCACAGUGAUUGCUAACUGGAAUCCCCAAGUCAGCAUUCUUGGAAGGAUCUCUUUCUGGUCAGUGUCGAGUGGAGUAGGUAUAGGGAGAAGGAUGAGUGCCUAUCACCGAGGUCCCAACAUGUGACACUUCUAAGACUGAACAGUCAUCAGUCCAGCUUUUGCUGGCCCCUGUAUGUGUCUGGAAGAGUGGUACAGGGAGAAUGGGCUGGCUUCCUGCUGCUUCCUUGACUCCAUCCUUAGGACUUCUAGAGCCACAGAACAGGAAUGGGACUCAAUCACUUUUCCUUGGGUGAAUACAAUGUAGCUCAUAAUGUUAAAAUAUUGAACACUUAAUGGAGGGCCUAGAGGUGACCCUUGCUGUGGAAGACUGUAAAAAGAGGGGCCUAGGGGUUUGCCUGUCUCCUUCUAUGACAAGGCAACAGUGGUGCUAAGGUCAGAGGCUCACGGAGGGCGUGGGUUGGCCUCUGAGACCUUGCUGAUGGAGCAAGGGUGAAUGGGGUGAGGGCAGGAGCCUGCCUCGUUCCCUUGGAGGAGUGGAAAUUGGCCAGGGUGGCUGGUGGCUCAGCCUUAGGGAGGUCUGUCUCCAGGGAGGAAAACAUGCUGCUCUUGGGUUUUAGGCAGGUUUAAGGCAUAUGACACAUUCAGCCUAGAGAUCAAUUAAAAAGAGCUCAUCAUGUAAGAGGAGGGGAAUUUGGAGGACAGGUACCUGAGAUGGGCUUCCAGUUUCUUUCUCCUCUCAGUUAUGUGAAAAACUAUUUUGCCCUGUGUUCAAUUAGCAAAUUUAAAUUAUCUUCAAAAUUAAAUGUUUUCUUCAAAAGCAAAGUGGUCUUCAGGAUAUAAUGAACUUGUCAGCCUUUGCUACAGGAAAUGUUUUGAUCAUGUAAAUGCUUUUCCAGCCAACGUUUGUGUGUACUGUGCCCCUGGGGGUCACAGGUUUCUCUGACCAUUUGUCACCAUUAAAUUUGCCAGGCAGGACUCAGACUCUCAUGAGAAAAUGACUUUUGCCAGGCAAAAAAUGAAUAUCUGUAUACUUUUUUUUCAAAUGGAAUAAAAUAAUUUCUU